AUGGAUUUUUUUGAGAAAGCGCAUGUUACCAAGAAGCAACCUUUAAAAAAAGACAGUAAAUCAGAAGAAAUUGUAAAGAAACAACUCAAACAAAUGUUACAAGGUUUUAAGAGAAGCGACAAUGAGCUAAUUAGGCACAGCGGGGACUCUGGUAAUGAUAUAGUUGAAGCACACAAGCGCUUUGAUGAUUCGGCUUCUGUGAGCGGUUUUUCAGAUCUAGAUCUUACACAUUCUGAUAAUGAAGAGGAUAUUAUUCAAGCAUCAACUUCUAGAACUAUAGAUAAUACGGCAGGCAGUUCAAGUCAUAUUAGCUUACCUAAUUCGUCAGAAUCUAACUGUGACACAGAUGAUAAUAUAGACGAUUUAAACUUGGAAGAAUCUAACAGUCAGGAAUCUAUAUCAGAAUGUGAUGAAAUCGUUGAAUCUCUAUCAGAGCACAUUGAAGUUAGUAGUUCAGAAGGUGGGGAUACCUCAUUCUCUAACUUAGAUGUGCCAUCACUAACCUCGGGCAGCACAACUGAUUCGGAAGUCUUUGAUCCUGAUGGAGAAUUAGCUUCGAAAAUACUUGAGAACCUAAAGAAAAAUGAAUUAAGCAAAAAAGGUAAGAAAAGGAAAGUGGAAGAUGAGCGAAAACCUAUUAAACCUAAGAAGAAGGAUGUAAAACAUAAGAAAUCCAGUGAAAUUGAAGAUAAUGAAAGUGAUGAUACUAUGAUUACUAUGGAAGCUUUGAGUAUCUGUGAAGAUGAUAAUGAAAAUGAUGAUGAAAUAGAAACUAUAUCAGAUAGUAAUAGUGCACAUACUUCUACAGCAACAAAUGAGUCACUACCAUUUGUUUCAAUAACUGUGACCGACAUGCCUGAACAAAAGAUUAAUAACUUCUUAGAGGACUACAAGCAUCCUACUGUGAGACCAUUACAAAACAUAGUGUACACUGCAACCUCACCUGCUUUGUUUGCACCAGAAUCUGAGCCAAUUGAGAAUAUGUUAAGUUCGGAAUUGAAUGACAAUGAAACUGUUGUAGGUUUAGUGAAAAUUAACUUAGAUACUGAACCAGCGGAAGACAUCGAGACUGAUGAUGUAAUUGAAAAUAUAGACUUGGAUACAAGUACAGACCAACCACUUGAAGAGAGCACUGCAGAGUAUGACAACACUUUAAUGUCAGACACCCCGAGGGAAGCUGAAGAAGACUUAUUAGAAUCUGUGAAGUUUUACUAUGGGAAAAAUUGUUAUGUUGUGGUACUUCAACAUCCAGCAGAGAUAUAUGUGAGUGGUAAAGUAAGAGUUAAAGGUCUGGGAGGUGUAGUUGAAGUCUAUGGGCAUAUAUUGAGAGAUGCCGUUGAGUUGUAUGCUCCAAACAAUUAUUUUGCUCAGUGUAUAAAGACUGUUGAAAGGCCAAAUGAUGAUUAUGGACUGUUUAGAAAACUCACUGCUGAAGGCUUGUUAGUCCGGGAAGCUGAAGAAAUUGUGACAACUAUAGGACAAUAUGAUGGCAUAAUAAGCUUGUCUCGGUUACAAGACCCGAGGAUGGACUUCGUAGAAAAAAAUGUUGCCAUGGACUUGUUUCCAAAGUCCAACAAAGGCUAUGACAGUCUUAGAAAAGUUUCUGUGGAUAUUGGUUGUAGUAUUAUGCUGAAAAAACCUUGGAGACACUUUGAUGAAAAUGUAGCUUGGGAGUUGGCUGUUAAUUGUGGAUUUGAGGAAAAUAGCAGGGGUAUUGUCUGUGGUGGCAAAGGUGUGGGCAAGUCAACUUUCCUUAGAUACUUUGUCAACAGGAUGCUUAUCAAAGGGCCAGUUCUAGUCAUAGACUUAGAUCCAGGCCAGGCUGAGUUUACUGUAGCUGGUAAUAUAUCUGCAACUGUAGUCACUACACCUCUACUGGGCCCUAACUACACACAUCUAAAAACACCAGAAAUGAUGUUGAACAUAGGCAUGAUCAACACAAUGGACAAUAUAGCCCGUUAUCUGAAUGCAGUCACUCAGAUCUUCUCACACUGUCACUCCAACCAGGCCUACAGUUCAAUGCCCUGGAUUGUCAACACGAUGGGCAUGUGCACGCAAAUGGGCCUCAAAUUCAUUUUACACACAAUUCAGCACACACAGCCCACUUUCUUAGUGCAAAUAGAUUCCCAAAUCUUGAAAAAACGGUUCGAAAGCCACCUAGACACAGAUUCUGUUAAAAGUUUACUUAGAAACUUUGACUGCAAUAUACUUAGGACUGCUGAGGAUACUAACUUGGAUUAUAACUACAUUCUGAUGCAGCAUGCUGAAGGGCCAGAUAAGCAUAACACCGCAACGUCGCCGAAAGAAUUGAGAUAUUUGAACUUCUUGGCAUAUUUCGGCGAGCUAAUGAACAUACAUAAAGGAACCCAGUUAUUAGGAAUUGUGCCGUACGAAGUGAGCAUGUCAGAUGUGAACGUGUUGACUAACAUGAAAGUAGCAAACGGUGCGGUGCUGAAGGUGAUCAACGGAAAAAUAGUAGCGCUCUGUCAACUCGCCAUGAAAGAUAAGGGGAAAGUGUUUACCCUGCAAGAUAACGCACUGCUAUGCCACGGAAACGGUUUGGUCCGUGGCGUGGACUUUGAGAAGCGGCUGCUGUACAUCGUGACGCCAGUGGCCGCGGACAAGCUGAGUGCGGUGGACACAUUGCUGUACGCGGACUGGGUGCCCGACCUGCACGGCCCUGAACGGUUCCUGCCUGAGGGCACUGAGGUGCCUUACCGCAGCCUCACUGACUACAGACAGAAACAGUUCAUGCAGUCGCCCAGGCGCCGCUUCAACCCGCUACAAUUACUAAAAAUGUCAAGGAGUGCCUAA